UUGAAUGGUCAAGGCCUGCGGCUGGCUGUUGAUCUUCUUUCUCUGAGGAUGUAACUUUGGCCGUCUGCUGAGAGAAGCGGCGAAGCCGGACCCCGCCUAUCCAGUCGAGAAGUAUGAUUAAAUUGCUUCCUUUCCCUAGAUUUCCUUUAAUUCUGCUGGAGUCUUCGUUUGGAUCCGAUUCCCACUUACUUCCCUUUCUCCUGAAGGCACGUCUCAGAUUCAAACUUGAGGUCCUGAGGUUGCCUUGGGGUAAGUUCAGUUUCCGACGGAAAGGCCAAGCCAAUUCGGGCAAGUACUAUUUAACCUUCAAGCCAAGCUGUGAUUCACCGUUUGGGAAUGCCUCCUUCUCCAAUAUUGAUCCGCUUGGCCGCUGCUGGAAAGGGUGGAGGAGGUUGUGAAAGCUGGACCCUCCGUGGUGUACCUGUGUAGAUGACGUUCUCCUUUCUUAGUUAGGUUUUAUGUUUUCUUAGAGAGAACUCGGAGACCAUGUCUGCAGAAUUCUUUACAUCUACAAGAGAGAAGAGAAGCACUGGCUCAGGACCUAGUUUUAGGUCUAAUCAGAGGAAGGUAUUAAACCUGCUCCUGGAGAGAGAUACUUCCUUUACCAUCUGUUCAGAUCUCCCUAGAACUCCAGUGGAGAAACUUUUUGGUGAUUCUGCAGACUCAAGCAUUUUGUCUGGAGGAACUCCAAAGCGUUGCCUUGAUCUUUCAAAUCUUAGCAGCGGGGAGAUGUCUGCCACUCAGUUUACCACUUCUACAGACCUUGAUAAAACUGGUCCCUUGGAUUCUUCAGUACCUGAGGAAAUACAGUUAGCUGGAAUGAAUUAUCAUCAACAACUUAUAAAAUGCAGCUCAGCACACCUGCUUUGCAGCACCCCGAAUACCUUGAACUGUGGCUACAGGAAGAAAGCUACUGUAUGCAGCUCAUCUGCAAAUAAAGAAAAUGAAAACAGUACUUCAAAGCCCUUGGAGUGGUGGACGCCCAGGAACCUGAGGUUUCAAAAGAGACCACAGGGACCUUACAUGUCUCCUCUUUCUCUACUGGACAAUGGAAACUUGGUGGAAAGUGAAAUGAAACAUCUGGGCAGUCCCAUUACUACAGUUUCAAAAUUAGAUCAAAAUCCAAAGCUAGGAGAAGACCAAGCAGAGGAGAUUUCAGAUGAAUUGAUGGAGUUUUCUCUGGAAGAUCAAGAAGAGGCCAAGGCAUCUCUGAACAGAAGCUGCCUGUAUCGCUCCUUUUCAUUGCCAGACAGUUUGAACAGUCCAAGACUGAAGCAGGUGGUAAAAUUCAAGGACAACACAAUACUAGAUAAAGUGAAAAUGAAGUAUUGUUCUAGCCAGAAAGAGCUCGGGAAGGGCUUAGGUUUAAAGAAAAUGGCCUCUCUCUGUGACAUUAAUAUGACUCAGAUGCUGGAGGAAGAUUCUAACCAGGGACCUCUGAUUGGUGAUUUCUCCAAGGUGGCUGCCUUACUGUUGGGGAAGUUCCAGGGUCUGAUUGAGAAAUUUUAUGUGAUUGAUUGCCGCUAUCCAUAUGAGUACCUGGGAGGACACAUCCAGGGAGCCAUAAACUUGUACAGUCAAGAAGAACUGUAUAAGUUCUUUCUGAAGAAGCCCAUUGUCCCUUUGGAUAACCAGAAAAGAAUAAUCAUCGUGUUCCACUGUGAAUUCUCCUCAGAGAGGGGUCCCCGAAUGUGCCGCUCUCUGAGAGCAGAGGACAGAGCCCUGAACCGGUACCCUGCACUGUACUACCCAGAGCUGUAUAUCCUCAAAGGGGGCUACAGAGACUUCUUUCCAGAAUAUAUGGAGCUGUGCGAACCACAGAGCUACUGCCCUAUGCAUCACCAGGACCAUAAGGCUGAGCUGCUGAGGUGUCGAAGCCAGAGCAAAGCAUGGGAAGGGGAGCGGCAUCUGCAGGAGCAGAUUGCCUUACUGGUGAAGGACGUGAGCCCAUGAUAUCAGAUUAGCUGCUGGUGCCCAGGAAUUAUCAAAAAACACUGUAGAAACCCUGAGCAGAAAGAGACCAUCUUCUAUGCAGCUAAACCCAAGAUGUUAAAAGAUGUCUGCAAACCAACAGGCUGCCAAACUAGUGAAAUCCCAGGCCUGAAGAUUGCUAGGUUUCCAUAGAGCUACUGGCUGAUGGUGAAGCCCUGGAGCUGGCUCUCUGAGGCUGUAGUCUUGGGGUGCAUAGAGAUUUGUGUUGCUUCAGGGAGCUGUUGCAUUCCUCUUCCUAACUAUAUGCCGGAUCCUUCUCUUCCUCUCUUCUGGCUAUUCACGAGAGAGUUGCCCAUCUUCUUUCUCUAUAUUUUCCUUCUUUGUUUCCCUCUCUCUCCUUUUUUUUUAAAUGGGAAAAUAAACAUUGCAGAAUGAGAAAUGUGGUGAGUGCAGUCUGCUUCUAGAAGAUCUGUAUAAGGAAGUAAUCACCAAAUUGAACUCCCUUCAGACAAACGCGAAGCCAUCUCUUUUCAUAGCUGAGGCCAAGGGGCUUUUCUCCAGAUCAUGGUUCUCAAAGUUUGGGCCCUGGUCCAUCAAGCAUUAUCUGAACUUGUUUGAAAUGCAAAAUUUCAUGGCCCGCCCCACACCUACUAAAUCAGAACAUUUGAGGUUAGGGUUUAAAAAUCUACCUUUCAGGUGAUUCUGAUUCCUGCCAAGCCUUGAGAACUGCUGCUCAGGAAUUAAGGAAAACCUUUUAAACUGCAUUAUUCAGCAAUAUUCCAGGCUCUUCUUUCCUAGACUGUUCCAUGGUAUGAGUUGCUUAA